GAAAUUUCGUAAACACUAAUUCCUACAUAAAAUAUAUAAAGUUGUUUUUUAAAAUGGGUUUAUUUGGAAAAACUCCGCAGAAGUCACCGAAAGAACAAGUAAGGAAAUUGAAUUUUCAUCUAAAAUGUUUUGUAGAUUUUCUUCAUUAACUGUUUUUACUUUUUUUGUUUCUUUUGUAUUAAAAAAGUGUUUAUAUCAUUAUAUGUUUGGUGAGUUCACACUCAUAGUGUGCUUACAAAAUGCUACAUCAUGGUGUACAUUCAGCUUAUUUUGUAUGGCACUAUAGCAGAUAAUCGGCCGUUUUGAUUGCUGUAACUGUUGAUGAUUCUAACUGUAAAUAAACUCUGAUGUCUAAAAAGUAGAAGUGUACAUUCAAAAAUCACAUAUUACCUGUUAAUGUCAUUUUGAUUAAUUUAAAUUGUAAAUACCUAUAACCAUCAUAAUUCUAUUCUGGUAGGUGCAAGAAUGGUCUCGGUCAUUGCGCAAGGAAUCCAGGCAACUAGAUCGUCAAAUUAGAAGUAAGUUCAUCAAUCAUAGACGUCACAUCUAAUAUAUAUCUCACCUCCAAAGAGCCACCUUAAGCAUAUAGUGACAUUAGUGGGUUAGCAAAAUUUGGCCCUAUGUUCGUCAGGCACUUCUCGUCAUUCUCAAAACUGAGAAUCAAUUGUUGUCCUCCCGGUCCCCAUGAAUGGCUUCUAAUCCAUAUGUAUGAGUUGUUUUGACAGAAUAAAACAGGAACAAAUUGGUUUUUAACUGCUUCAAAACCCAAAUUUUGUCUUUUAUAUUUUCUACUAUAAAUCGUAGGCAUUGAAACUGAAAAGGCAAAGGUGACCCGCACAAUCAAAGAGUCUGCCAAGAAGGGGGAUGUGGACAGCUGUCGUAUUCUUGCAAAGGAGGUCAUCAGAGCUAAGAAGGCUGUCAACAAACUUUAUGCAUCCAAAGCCCAGUUAAGCUCAGUUGAAAUGGGGAUGAAAAAUCAGCUUGCAACAUUACGUGUCUCUGGGUCGCUACAGAAGAGUACCGAAGUUAUGAAGUACAUGCAACAGUUGGUAAAACUGCCUGAAAUACAGGCCACAAUGCAAGAGCUUUCUAAAGAAAUGAUGAAAGUAUGUGGGUUUUGAGAUUCCUGGAGAAUAUGACAGUGAAAAAUUAUACUUAAUCCCAGAAUUUCCCUUUGAUAAGUACAAUAAAAUCGAGUGCAUUCCCUGUUAAUAGGUUAAAUGUUUUAAGCUGAUCAUCUGCCAAAUUGAUUUUAUUUUGCUUACUCUAAAACCAAUGCAAGAUUUCCUGAGCCACCCAUCCCCUUGCAGUCUUCAGUAAAUCCUCAAUAUUUAAACUGCUAUUACAAGACUUUUGUCUUGAGUAAAAUCAUCUGGUGUUAGACAGUGUAAAGCCUGGUUCACAUAAAAUCGUUAAGCAGUCGCAGACAGUCGCAGACAGGUGCCGAAUUUUUAUAUGAACACAAAUGCAGAUUCGCACAGACUGUCUGAGACCGGAUCGGCGACGGAUCGGGAAAGUUGAACUUGGUUCAACUUUCCCGAUCCGUCGCAGAUCGUUCAUAUAAAAAUUCGGCACAUGUCUGCGACAGUCUGCGACUGCUUAACGAUUUUAUGUGAACCAGGCUUAAGACAAUAAAGUCAGGUGCAUUUGGAUGCAUUGUUACAGUGGCCGAAUGGUAAGAGCUCAGUUUUUCCAUGAAUGAUGUCUGAUUCAGAAAUUCCACCAACACCAACCCAAUACAAUACAAUACAAUACAAUACAAUACAAUACAAUACAAUACAAUACAACCCAAUAUAGUACAAUCAUAGGAAAAAGAAAACAUUCCUUGAAUUAAUACCAAGCAUUACCAGAAUACUUUUAUUCCAAUGAUGCACAGCCUUUAUAAUAAUAAUUCUAUAUGACAUACCAUUUGUAUAUACAUGCUUUAUUUAUACUUAUAGCCUUAUACUUUCUCAAAUGUAAAUUUAUUAUACAAUAAACUAUCUAUCUAUCUAUCAUGGUAAAUCUUAAAAAAAAUUCAAAACCCACUAUUGAAAAAUCAGUUCUUUUUCCUGUGUUAAUGGGUUCAACUCUUCCCUGUUCCAGGCUGGGAUCAUUGAAGAAAUGUUGGAAGAUACAUUUGACAGUCUUGAAGAUGAAGAUAUGGAGGAGGAAGCCCAGGAAGAAGUUGAUAAAAUAUUAUUUGAAGUUACACAAGGUUUGAGCAACAUUCCAUAUUAGGCAAAAAAAAAAUAUGUGGGUUUCCGGUUUCCCGACCCUACCUAGCUUUUGGACGUCGAAAUCCCGACCCUAAACUUUUUUAUUGGAUCAUGCUUGUAAGUGUUUCCACUUAGAGGAAAAAGUUUGUGGAAAAUUGAAAUUUGAGGCAAUAUUAGGGAAAUUUAUCAUUGGAUGUGGAAGCACUGACUAAACAAAAUUUGGAAAAUUUGAAAAAAAGUUUAAAAAAAAAAGUUAAAACCGACCUACCCUACCUAAGUUUUUAUAAGAAGAAACCGGAAACCCACAUUUUUUUUUUUGGCCUUACUAUCCUGAAAUUAUGCCAUAAAGGAUUAGGGUCAAGAUAUCAUAAGAAUAUUCUAAUAUUCAGAACUGACUGACACAAAUAAAACUGACCGACACUUUGCCCCAGACACACAUUAUAUGAUUUUAAUAUUAUAUUUUGUCUUUAGGUGCAUUGGGUCAAGCUGGUAGUGUUGCAACAAAUGAAUUACCGGUACUGGUUCAUAAUUUUUACCCAAUAAAGUGCAAUAAAAUUACGUACUGCAUACUUUUUGCAACGUAAAAAAAUGUUGUAUCCCGUUCAUUGAGAGCCAAGGACUUGGAGCUCGGCAACAAAAGAAAAUAUCUUUUUGUCCUUUUUCACACUAAACCGCCACUGCAUGCUUGUCAGAUGUUGGGAUCCUAGGUAGCGGCGCUACCUGCAAGUGCCUGAAGCUAACUGCAAUCCUUGGGCAGACGGUCUCAUGCAUGCUUAAGUAAGGUAGAAAAUUCCAAGAACUCCGUUUUCAAAUUCCAAAAACUCAGUUUUCAAAUGCCAAAAUUCUGUUUUCAAAUGCCAAAACUCAGUUUUCAAAUGCCAAAACUCAGUUUUCAAAUGCCCGAACUCCCGUUUCAAAUGCCAGAACUCCCUUUUCAAAUGCCAGAACUCCCUUUUCAAAUGCCAGAACGACCUUUUCAAAAACCAAAACUCCGUUUUCAAAUGCCAAAACUCCGUUUUCAAAUCCCAAAACUCAGUUUUCAAAUGCCACAACUCCGUUUUCAAAUGCCAAAACUCCGUUUCAAAAGCCAGAACUCCGUUUUCAAAAGCCAGAACUCCGUUUUCAAAUGCCAAAACUCCUUUUUCAAAUGCCAAAACUCCUUUUUCAAAUGCCAAAACUUCCUUUUCAAAUGCCAGAACUCCCUUUCCAAAUGCCAAAACUCCCUUUUCAAAAGCCACAACUCCGUUUUAAAGGUUUUUCCGUACUUUAUUCUAGGGCGAGUUGCAAGGUGCAACAGCCAUGGCAGACUCAGAUGGGGAGGAGGAUAUGGCUGACAUGCAGAAACGGCUUGAGACGUUAAGAAGUUAAAACAAUCGCAUUUAGAUUGACUGAAUAUGUACAAAACAAUGAAAAAAAUUGAGCGUUGGCAAUAUAGAUUAUAGAGCUAGCUUAUGCAUGCGGUCUUAUCAAUGCGAUUAGCACAGUGUACAGUUAUAAUUCUCGAGAUUUCGACUGUACACAGGCUACAAAGCGGUCGACUUUGAGAAGUACAGAUUAUUAUUAAUAGUGUAAUGCUUGUUGUCCAGUCAUUCAGAAGACAAGGUGAGCUUAAGCAAGCGAUGUUUGUGUCAACACGGAUGUCACCCGAAGAUUGGUGUAACUAAUUCUGGCGGCAUUUUGCCUCAUAGCGCCCAUGUAAGGAAGCAAAAAGCUUUAAAAAUCUUAUGUUUUCUCCAGAGGUGUUUCUCAUAUGUGUUGCCGAUUACCAGAAACUGACACAAACACAGUUUUUAAUCCAGUCCCGCAUCAGCUAGCCUGCGAACAGGCUCUCAAGCUGAAUUGAGAGCCUGCAUCGAUGACUAAUGAAUUUGAAUAUCUGCCCCGUAACGUUCGUUUUUCCAAAUAUGGAAUGUCUAUCCUUAUAUGGUGUUGUUUACAACUUUCGUGCAAACUAAAUUUAGACCGUGCAAACUAAAUUUAGACCGUACAGUUUAUACUGUUUUUAGAAAUAUAAGAUAUUCAAGCAAAAGUUUAAAUGUUUUAAAUACUGUUUUCUCAAAACAGAACAUUUCGUGCUUUGAGAUAAGAUGGCCAAGACCAAUUUGAUCAGUUAAUGUGUUUUUUAUGCAUAGUGCUUCAGCAGUUGACAUACAUAGAGCUCAGCAGAAACAUAUAAAUUAUAGCAUCUGACCAAUGAGAAUUUCGCGUCACGAUUUGAGACGCAGAUAUUCAAAUUCAUUAGUCAUCGAUGCAGGCUCUCAAUUCAGCUUGAGAGCCUGUUCGCAGGCUACCCAUCAGCAGACAAAAUGUCGCUUGUUUAAACCCCUAUGGGAGCCUCCGUUGGUUUAUCGUACCAGUACAACCAGGACAAGUUUGGCUCAAAACUAUGUUUGGACAUAUUAACAAUCUGCCUAUAUUAAUAAUUACGUGAUUAUAAUACACUGUAAUUCAUGAAAUCCUUUACACCUUUCUUUGUUUUAGAGUGCAAUUCAUAUAAUCUGUGUAAAUAAACUAAAGUUUCGUAUUGUAUACAUUUUCUUAUUUUGUGUUCAUUGUCCUUUUUUCACUUUUUCUCUCAAAAUCAGCCUCUUGUUUGAAAUUUUAGAUACAGUGUUCAUCUAUCUACAUCUUCUAUUCUACUUCUAUGGAGGUUUCUUAGAAACCUUCUAUAAAGGGUUUCUCUUCUAUAGAGCGUUUGCACAUGACGUCACAUUCAACUUGUUACAACUGCUCCAUGCUGCAACAACAUUGUUGACAAUUUGUUACAACUGCUCCAUGCUGCAACAACAUUGUUGACAAUUUGUUACAACUGCUAUAUGCUGCAACAACAUUGUUGACAAUUUGUUACAACUGCUCCAUGCUGCAACAACAUUGUUGACAAUUUGUUACAACUGCUCCAUGCUGCAAUAACAUUGUUGACAACUUGUUACAACUGCUCCAUGCUGCAAUAACAUUGUUGACAACUUGUUACAACUGCUCCAUGCUGCAACAACAUUGUUGACAACUUGUUACAACUGCUCCAUGCUGCAACAACGUUGUUGACAACUUUGUUACAACUGCUCCAUGCUGCAACAACAUUGUUGACAACUUGUUACAACUGCUCCAUGCUGGAACAACAUUGUUGACAACUUGUUACAACUGCUCAAUGCUGCAACAACAUUGUUGACAACGUUUUCUGAGGGUGCGGCACAACCUUGUUCAAGCCUGUCGAUAUCAACCUGAGGAACAGGUUCGUUUCUACGCGUGCAAGGUCGAGCUUGUGUUGUGUGCAUGAGGCAAUUGCCUGAAGAAUAAGAAUAGACCUCGCGACGUUUCGAGGCCCCUCGUCCGCGUUGCAAGUGACGUCACAAUAGAUAAUUGGACGUGAUUGUUUUACUUUCACCAUUUCGGUGGCAUUUCUGCGCAAAUAUUUAUACACCAACGGAGAUUGUAUCCCUUAAAACGUAACCAGCACAAGCAAAGAGUUUAAGAAAAUAAAAAAUACGAAAGGUUAUAGCAUCCACUAGGUCAAGCCAAACAGAUGAAGCAACAUUAACAAUAAUGACGUCAUCAGCGCGGUUAGAGGUACUGGUAUCGAGCUUGUGCUAUUGCCAUUUCCCUGGUGUUUGUCAAUAGUUUGUAUUUCAUCUUUAUAUACUUCGAGAUUACACAAAUCUCCCUCACAACAAUGAGCGUGACAUUCUUCCUUCUCUACUGAGGAUGAGUUAUGGGAUUUGCUAAUAAGUUUCACACAAACUGCAUGCGCUGAAACACAUUUACUUCUGUCUGCGCAGGUUUUGUAUAUCCAUUUAGAUUUCCCAGAUAUCCUGCGCAUGCUCAGGCAGUGGGUCUCAUUCUUGCAAGUUAUUGGUUUAGGGAAACACGAAGGUUUUCCUGCGGAAGCUAGGGUUCGGUUUGGCAGACAUUCGUAGCAUCUCAACGCCGAACCUAGGAGUUGAACAAAAAAUAUUUAGCAUGAUAAGAACUUCGAUAACUUGAUCUUGAGAUGAGGCGGAAUUUUAGAGUGUAAUAACCCAUAUUUGCAGGCAAAAUUUAAAAAAAAAAAAAAUCAGCAUUCUUUGUGGUGUUUGUCUGAAUAAUUCCGCAUUCCACAUCACAUCUUGAAAAAAUUUCUCAUCCCGAAAAAAAUAAUUUUCCACUUCAAAAUUUCCCCGAAUUUCGAGCGAAGGUCUUUCAUCUGUACGACUCCAUGUAGUAAGGAAAGCCUAAAGGUCAGA